AUGGGAACCAGAGCCGUCGCCGUGGGGGCGGCACCAGGAGCAGCGGGGGUAUCUGGCGAGGCAGGUUUAGCCGGUGUACCCAGACUUCUGGAGGACCUGGCUCGACUUUCCGAGGACAAAGACACGGCUGACAUUGUCUUUCUGCUAGGAAGGGACGAGACACCGGUGUACGCUCACAGAAUUAUCCUCCAAGCGAGGUGCAAGAACUUCACAGCCGCCAAGAGGAUCGGGACAUCCGGCAAUCCUACGCCAAUGCGUAUGCCCCACGCUCAUCCGGAGACUUUUCGACAAUUCAUUCAUUAUAUUUACACAGGCAAGAUCAUGCUACAGGAUAGCGGUAUCUUCGAGAUGCUGGGAUUCGCUCAGGAACUCGGGGUAGAGGAACUUUGGAGAAGUUGCGAGGAACAUGUCUCUGCCACUCUCAGCCCGGGAAACGCGUGUGCCCUUUUAACCGCGGCCCUGGAUGCCCAAGAGAGAGUUCCCGUAAUCUACGUGCAUUAUAAUUUGCCCGAAAGUGAAACGACUUGGCUAAGCGCACGUUUAUCAAACGUUGCUUAUUAUUUUUUGAAAAUAGUCACAAAAAUGUCGUACAAAGGACCUCAAAAAGUUCAAAAGGUGAUGGUUCAACCCAUCAACCUUAUAUUUCGGUACCUGCAAAACCGUUCGCGUGUGCAAGUAUGGUUAUUCGAAAAUAUCAACCUACGAAUCGAGGGUCACAUUGUUGGGUUUGACGAAUACAUGAAUUUAGUAUUAGACGAUGCGGAGGAAUAUCAUUUGAAGACGAAGAAUAGAAAACCACUCGGACGAAUUAUGUUGAAAGGAGACAAUAUAACUUUAAUACAAAAUACAAAUCCAGGAGCGAAUUAAGGUAUCUCUCUAUAACCUCAGAGGACAUUUUAGGACAAACAAAGAAACGCAUUGUUUUAUGUUUUGUGCUUCUACGUGUGUGUAUAAACUACAUGCUAAAAGAAGUGACUUAAACAACGUUUAACCAAGAUGGAGUUAACAUCUUCCAAGUUAUACACGGUGAUAUACGUACUUCACUACA